AUCUUACUCUAAAGUUUGUAAUUCAAGUUUCUAGUAAGGAAAUCAAUGACAAAUCUAAAUUCUGUAAUACUGAAAUUUUCAAGUUAAUUCGUAAUAAUAAUACUGUAUCAUCUUACGUGAUAAUACUAUAAAUACUUUCGAUACAAACUUUGGUAACAUGGAUAUAUGACGUCAACAGUCUGAUGUUACAUACACUCAAAGGAUCCUGUAUAAUAUUAGAGAAUAUUAUAAAUGACUCAAAGUUUAACAAUGAGUCCUCAGAGUUAUAAAAGUCAUAUCACAACAAAAGCUAUGGCAUCUAAUGGUUAUACUGGUACUAGUACUCCAGCUGAGUCUAAAAACCAUUCAUCACCUUGUGAGUUAUUUAAUUCAAUGCCAUGGUUUGGUAUGGAUAUAGGAGGUACAUUAUCUAAACUAGUGUAUUUUGAACCUAAAGACAUUACAAGGGAUGAAGCAAAUGCAGAGGUAGAGACUUUGAAAAAUAUCCGGCGGUAUUUAACUAAAAAUUCGGCAUAUGGAAAAACAGGUCACAGAGAUACACAUUUACAAAUGGAUAAUGUCUGCAUUAGAGGUAGACGUGGUACGUUACAUUUUAUUAGAUUUCCUACAAGUGAAAUGGGAAAUUUUCUAGCAUUAGCAAGGUCUAAGGGUAUGGCAAAUCUUGUAACAACAGUUUGUGCUACUGGUGGUGGAGCAUAUAAAUUUGAAAAAAAUUUUAAACAAGAAGUAAACAUGAAUUUAGCAAAAUUUGAUGAGUUAGAUAGUUUAAUACGUGGUAUGCUUUAUAUAGAAACGACAAAUCCACAUGAAUGUUAUUAUUGGUCGCAUCCUACGGAUGAUAGUAAAUGUCAAAAAAUCCCUUAUGAUUUUUCUGAACCCUACCCUUUUUUGCUUGUAAACAUAGGAUCAGGAGUAAGCAUAUUAGCUGUUUAUGGGCCAGAUAAUUAUAAAAGAAUAUCAGGAACUAGUCUAGGUGGUGGCACAUUUUUAGGAUUAUGUUGUUUACUAACUGGGUGUAAUACUUUUGAAGAGGCAAUAGAAUUAGCAACUGGAGGUGAUAAUACCAGAGUGGACAAGUUAGUUAAAGACAUUUAUGGUGGAGAUUAUGGACCUUUUGGUCUUCCAGGAGAUCUUGUCGCAAGCAGAGAUUUACCUGCAUAUUGUUUUUAUCACAUAUACAGUUUUGGACAAAUGAAUUCUAAAGAUCGUCGAAAUGCAGUUAGUAAAGAAGAUCUUGCACGCGCAACACUUGUUACUAUUACAAACAACAUUGGCUCUAUUGCACGUAUGUGUGCUGUGAAUGAAAAAAUUGAAAGGGUAGUGUUUGUAGGAAAUUUCCUUAGGGUAAACCCUAUAUCAAUGAAACUUUUGGCCUAUGCUAUGGAUUAUUGGUCUAAAGGAACAAUGAAAGCUUUGUUCUUAGAACAUGAGGGUUAUUUUGGCGCAGUAGGAUGUCUGCUCCAAUUUAAUGGUGAAACAAGCUAAAAUUAUAGAAAAGUGCAUAAUAUAUAGCAUUCCAAAAACGAAUCUUUUUAAAGAUUAAUAUGCAAUUAUUUAACAUAAUUAUUUAUUUUUGUUAUAUAAUAUUUAAUUUCUCAGGUAUUGUUUAUUUAUGUAGUUACAACAUUAUAUUUUAGCAAUAGCAAAAGCCCAUGGUCAGAAUUGUAUUAUUUUCAAAUAUGACCAUAUUUAUUAUAGUUUUGAGAAAUAAGUAUAUUGUUUUAGGGAAUUACUUUGAUAUAUAUUACGUGAUAAUCGCAUAAAAACCUAAUGUGGGCACAAACCUUACGCGCGUUUAUAUACAAGAUUUUAAUGGACCAAAGCUCAACGCAUCAAAUUUACUCAAAUAUUCUUUAUAUGAGUAACUUAGGUCUACCUCAUAAUUUAUUUCCUAAACGUUUUUAUAAAUACACGUUCGAGUUUUACAUAGAAAGCAUCCUAAAUAGAAUUUUCCAAUUAUUAAAAACCCGCAAGAAAAGAAAGAAUUAAUUGCAGUUGUAAGUACUUAACCCCUGUUAUUAUUUAUAUGUCUUUAAUUUGAUUAUUAAAAAAAC